AGUUUUUCCUUGGUUUGGCUUGGAUAUUGGUGGAACUCUGGUCAAGCUGGUUUAUUUUGAACCCAAAGACAUCACUACUGAAGAAGAAGAGGAAGAAGUGGAAAGUCUUAAAAGCAUUCGGAAGUACCUUACCUCCAACGUGGCUUAUGGGUCCACGGGUAUUCGGGACGUGCACCUGGAGCUGAAGGACCUGACUCUGUGUGGACGCAAAGAUAGGUGAUCUUCAGCUUUGCAAACUUGAUGAACUCGAUUGCUUAAUAAAAGGAAUUUUAUACAUUGACUCAGUUGGAUUUAAUGGACGAUCACAGUGCUAUUACUUUGAAAACCCUGCUGAUUCUGAAAAAUGUCAGAAGUUACCAUUUGAUUUGAAAAAUCCAUACCCUCUUCUUCUGGUGAACAUUGGCUCUGGGGUUAGCAUCUUAGCAGUAUAUUCCAAAGAUAAUUACAAACGAGUCACGGGUACCAGUCUUGGAGGAGGAACGUUUUUUGGUCUUUGCUGUCUUCUUACCGGCUGUACCACAUUUGAAGAAGCUCUUGAAAUGGCAUCACGUGGAGAUAGCACCAAAGUGGAUAAACUAGUGCGAGACAUUUAUGGAGGGGAUUAUGAGAGGUUUGGAUUGCCAGGCUGGGCAGUGGCUUCGAGCUUUGGAAACAUGAUGAGCAAGGAGAAGCGAGAGGCUGUCAGUAAAGAGGACCUCGCCAGAGCGACUUUGAUCACCAUCACCAACAACAUUGGCUCAAUAGCAAGAAUGUGUGCCCUUAAUGAAAACAUUAACCAGGUGGUAUUUGUUGGAAAUUUCUUGAGAAUAAAUACGAUCGCCAUGCGGCUUUUGGCCUAUGCUUUGGAUUAUUGGUCCAAGGGACAGUUGAAAGCACUUUUUUCGGAACACGAGGGUUAUUUUGGAGCUGUUGGAGCACUCCUUGAGCUAUUGAAGAUUCCCUGAUAGCUACCUGGGGAGGGGUUCCUGGAACCUUCCAUGAUGGGAUCUGUGGACCUUUGUUUUUUUAAGAGACUUACUCAGUUUUAUGAUUGUGUACUACCUGAAUCAAAGCGAGAAAGGACAAGUGUAUUUUUCUAAGUCAUCAAGAUAAAUCCUUAAAAAUUCAGUCUGAACUAAUAACCAGUAAGGAAAGAUACAUAUUAAAAAAUGCGGACCAUGUCCAUGUUGGUGAGGAUUCGCUGUAUUUAAGUUGCCCUUCAGUAUGGCUUUGUUCAACUUGCUGUGUAUUUUUGAAAUUCAGCAUUACUCGGUGGAGCCACUUCAGGGGGAGAGCUGUUCUGUGCUGAGCUGGCUGUGGUUUUGUGUCCUGUUGAACUUCCUAAAUGUAAGGCAAGCUGCUGUGUAUUGUAAUCUAAUCUAAUCACAGUUUUGUCAGUAUGGCUUUGGAGAUCAUCUUCUGUGCAUUCAUUCUGGUGUGCAUUUAGCCUGUGUGAACAUAUUGAAAAACAUGUUUUGUUUCAAGGUUCUGCAAACUUACUGGAAAGGUUAAUUCUGUACCUGAAACUUUGAACAAUGAGGCAAUUUUUGGAAGGUA